AUGGCUUUCUGUGUACAGUUUACUGUGCACUGGAAUUCCCUUAAAGGGCUGGAUUUCCAGCGAAGAGACAGUGAAGGAGCCCAGCAGGCUUGGGCAGAGCAGCAGAUUGUGGGUUUAAGCUCUCAUGAAAAGCUGCUUUAUAUUGAUGAAGAGGCACAGCAGAGCUCUGUUGCACUGAGAAGGCAGCAAGCUCAGGAAGAGGAAAUGGGAAUCAGCCGCCCGGUGCCCUUGCCCAGCGCCCCCAAGGUGUUCAUUAAGAAGAACAAUGGUGGCAGCUCUUGUCUGUUGGAAAGCAGCAGCCCUAUGCACUCGAUGAGCACAGCCGUGACGGCAGCUAGCACAAUGUCAGAGGGACGAAUGCUCAUUCAGGACAUCCCUUCCAUCCCCAGCAGAGGGCACUUGGAGAGCACGUCUGAUUUGGUUGUGGACUCCACCUACUACAGCAGUUUUUACCAGCCGUCCCUGUAUCCUUACUAUAACAACCUGUACAACUACUCCCAGUACCAAAUGGGAGUGACCAGUGAGCCUUCCUCAAGUGAAACAGGUGGUACAAUUGUAGGUUCGGCCAUGAAGAACAGCCUUCGAAGCCUUCCAGCAACAUAUGUGCCAAGCCAGUCGGGAAAACAGUGGCAGGUGAAGGGCAUGGAGAGCCGCCACGCCGUCAGCUCCCAGUACCACAUGUGCUCCUACUACCCACCCCCUUCCUACCUGGGACAGGGGGUUGGCACUUCCACAUGCCUCCCUCAAUUCCUGACCUCUGAGGACAUCCCCUCCUACUCGGAGUUGAAAGCGGGAG